UCUCAACAUCAAAGUAGAAAUUUUGCACUACUUUUUUGUUACAACACACGCGAGUUCUAGUGACCUUGACCUCUCAGUACCUAGGACAGGAAUUUCAGAUAAACAGCAUUCAACAUGCUUCUUGUUCGUAAUUUAAGAAAUGUCACCCGAAAGCUACUUGGUAGCCAGACCAUCCGAUGCUCCAGCACAGAGGCAGAGCUUGAUUUCGAGAAUUUCACAGCGGUCAAUGAGCCCAUGCCCAGCUAUGCUCCAGGAACGGAGGAGCGGGAACAACUGGAUAAAACUGUGGCAGGGUACGAGGGUCUUGUCAAGGACGUUCCCAUCAUGAUAGGGGAUGAAGAAAUAAGAUCAGGUCAACCAAGAUAUCAAGUUUGUCCCUUUGACCACGAGAAGAGAAUAGCCAAGUUUACAUAUGCCUCAAAGGAUGUGAUACAGAAGGCGAUAGAUAACAGCCUUAAGGCCCGCAAGGACUGGGAGAGGCAGCCACUAGAGAAGAGGGCCGAGGUGUUCUAUCGGGCAUCAGAACUAAUGAAGAACAAAUAUAGAUAUGAUCUACUGGCUACCACUAUGAUUGGACAGGGUAAAAACAUCUGGCAGGCUGAGAUCGAUGCCGCAGCCGAGAUGAUAGAUUUCCUACGCUUCAACAUCCAGUUUGCAAGGGAUGUGACCCAGUAUCAGCCUUUGAGCCCGGACCCCGAGGAGACAAACUCCAUCAGAUACAGGGGAUGUGAGGGAUUCUGGGCGUGCAUCACUCCCUUCAAUUUCACGGCAAUCGGAGGCCACCUGCCAGCUGCGCCUGCUCUCAUGGGCAACGUAGCACUGUGGAAGCCAUCUGACACGGCCAUGUUGUCCAACUAUCUUGUGUAUGAGAUUUACAGAGAGGCUGGGUUGCCUGCUGGUGUCAUAAACUUUAUCCCCGCGGACGGGCCGUCAUUCGGUGACACUGUGACGUCCUCUCCUCAUCUUGCCGGGAUCAACUUUACAGGAAGUGUCAAGACGUUCCGUCAUCUUUGGAAACAAGUUGGAAUGAACAUUGACAACUAUAGAAGCUACCCUCGUCUUAUUGGAGAGUGUGGAGGCAAGAACAUGCAUUUUGUACACCCGUCUGCCAAGCUGGACCAGGUGUUUUAUGGCGCCAUUCAGAGCGGUUUCGAGUACUCCGGCCAGAAAUGUUCUGCCUUGUCGCGAAUGUACAUCCCAGAGUCCAUGUGGCCAGAUAUCAAGGAAAACUUGAAAAGAAUCCACAAGGAAAUGGUCGUGGGGACACCCCUCUAUGGGAAAACAUUUGUGUCGUCUGUCAUAGAUGAUAAGGCAUUUGCACGUUGCAAGUCCUACCUGGAGCACGCUCAAAAAUCUGCGAAUGUGAAAAUAAUUGUCGGAGGAAAAUGUGAUGACAGUGUUGGAUAUUACAUUGAGCCAACAUUCUUGGAAGUCUCAAAUCCAGAUGAAAAACUGCUCAAAGAGGAAAUUUUCGGCCCUAUUGUGACAGUGUAUGUUUACCCAGAUGACAAAUACAGGGAAACAGCGAAAAAGGCCAGCCAAACAUCACCUUUUGCAUUGACAGGAGCAAUAUAUGCCGAAGAUGAGGAUGUUGUUGAAGAGUUAUCGGAAAUAUUUGAAGACUGUGCAGGAAAUUUCUACAUUAACGACAAAUCCACAGGCUCUGUGGUUGGUCAGCAACCAUUUGGCGGAAGCAGACUUUCAGGAACGAAUGAUAAAGCUGGUAGUCCCUAUUAUCUGCUGAAGUUUACAUCCCCUCAGGCGAUCAAGAGGAGAAAUGUUUACAAGAAGACGUGGAAAUAUCCAUCAAUGGCCGACACAACUCCCGGAGAAUUUGAUGUAGACAAGCAGAAAUUACCUCACGUACAGACAGAUUGAAGAGUAUUCAAGGGAAGCUAAUAGUGUUAACUUAAAUUUAUUGAAUCGUCUAUUUUCAGUGAUGUAGACAAGCAGAAAUUACCUCACGUACAGACAGAUUGAAGAGUAUUCAAGGGAAGCUAAUAGUGUUAACUUAGAUUUAUUGAAUCAUCUAUUUCCAGUGAUGUAAACAAACAGAAAUUAUCUCACGUACAGACAGAUUGAAGAGUAUUCAAGGGAAGCUAAUAGUGUUAACUUAGAUUUAUUGAAUCAUCUAUUUCCAGUGAUGUAAACAAACAGAAAUUAUCUCACGUACAAACAGAGUGAAGAGUAUUCAAGGGAAGCUAAUAACGUUAACUUAAAUUUAUUGAAUCAUCUAUUUCCAGUGAUGUAAACAAACAGAAAUUACCUCACGUACACACAGAUUGAAGUGUGGGCUAGGGUCUCCAGGUCAUUGGGUGAUGUGAUCGAAAAUGAAGGCCAUGUGUGUAGACCACCAGAUAUUCACACUGUGAUCAUCUAAGACUUAAGGGCCUUGGGGUCUGGUUUUAAAAACUUUUUUCUUGUUAAGUGAAUUUAUCUUAGUGUCAUAAUUUCGCUAUAUUUGUAUGUUUAAGUAAUAAUUGAACUUUAAGUAGUAUUCAAAGUUGAAAACAUGCCUUCGAAAAACAAUGUCAGUUAAGAUUUUGCCCAAUGUGAUGUUGCUACAGAUUUAAGUUUUUGAAGUUACAAUUAAAAUCCUUUAUUAAAACAUUUUACUGGUCGUCUUAACCUUAAAGGGACUGUACACCAAAUUGGCACCAAAAAAAUGUUUUUUCUGUAACGAAUCUCAGGACAAUUAUUUAAUAAAAUGUUUUACUCUUUACUCUUACUGAUAUCAUAAUUGUAAAAAAACAUACCAAAAUGUAAAAAAAAAAUCGAGUCAGAGACUGGGUUCGAACCGGUGUCGCCAAAAUUGCAAUCCAGGGUUGUAUCCACUGUGCUACGAAGGCUUACUCUAAGUUGUUGGAAUAUUUAAGCUAUAUACCUACGAGGUCAUAUCACGUGAUAACAUCGACUAGCCAAUCACGCAUAACGAAUGAAUUCUACUAGGUAGACAUCCCUAGUAAUCUUUUUUAAUGGAAAAAUAGGAAAAAACUGCGAAAAAUAAAUUAAUUGUAAACUAUGUGGUACUCAGUUAUUAAGUUUUAAUGCAUUGUACACAUCAACACCAAGUUAAUGUCAGUUUUCAACAAUUUUCUUUUUUCGCUGUUUCAUCAUACGGAGUGCAGCCCCUUUAAAUUUACAAACUUAAAUCUGUAUUAACAGCACGAAUCGAAACAAAUUGAUUAAAAAAAUGUUUGGCCAGUUCCUGGUAGUUAUUUGAAACACUCAUUUGUCUGGUUUGAGUUUUUUUAGGUCAUACUUAAUUGAUUCAAUGUUAAUUGUCAUUAGGUUGGUCAGUUGACAGUAUUCCAAUCAAAGAAAAAAACAUUUCAUUUCACAAUAUUAAGCAAAGAAAAACGAUUUUCUUGAGUAUAAGAAUUAAAUAAUAUAAGUAUAGCUAAGGUCAAACUGGGCUGCUGUGAUGCAUUUUAGAUCUGGUCUCUGAAAUGCCCCAAAAUUAUUUUCAGACUUGUCCCCCUGUGUGUUGGGGGCAUGGCUAUUUUUCGGGAUUAACAAUUAUGAGCUGUAAAUAGAACCCCUGGUUUCACUUGCAUGGUCAAUUUAGAAUUUAUGUGAUAUCAGAUCUUCAUGAAUUUCAUUGGUAAAAACUGUUAUACAUUAAUAUAAAGAUCUGUUAAAAAAAAAGGAAAACGGGAAUUAAUUUGGUUUUUGUUUUUUUUGCUGCCAGAUAAGGUUUCGUAUAAGGAACCAGACACUAAACAUACAAUCAUAUUUGGAAUGGCCUUAUUGUGUUUCUUAUAACUACAUCUGUCACUUUCUGCUAUUAAUGAUGGUUUCUCUGUUCAAACAUUUAAACACGAACAAUUAAUUGUAUGUAAUUGUAUUUUUGUGAUGACUUUGAUGUAUACUUUUUAUUUUAUUUAAUAUUUAUUUUGCAAGAAAUCCUACCUUUUACAAAGGAUUAUGCAGAUAUAAAUAUUUUCUUUAUAUAAAUAGUGCUAUUGAACAAGUAUUUUAUUUUAUUGUAUUUCCAAGCAAAAAGUGAAAAUUUAACAUCGAAGACAUUCAUUGUAGAACAUGUUGUAUAUAAAUUUUCAUUUAAUAAUUUAUUUUGAAAAAGUCAUUGGUGGGAAUGCAGCAAUCUACUACAGUAUACAUGUAAUUGCCUUCAGCAUUUAUGUGAUUUUUGACUCGACUCCAAACCACUCUGAUAUAAUUAUUAACAUAUGUUAAGGUAAAGCCAUCCAUCAUUAGGAUUAAAAGAAGGGUUUUUGCGUUUUAGAUAUAAACAUCGACAUUAUUUCUACGUUAAGUUUAUAUUGAUUAACCCAUUAUAUUAUUUUUGUUUGGAUUACAUUUUUAAACAACACCAUAAUGACCUUCUAUUGUAUGAUAUUUUAAAGGGAGGUAAUUGAAUAAAAAAAAUUCUAUAAUUAUACAGCAAUUUUAUUAAUGAGGUUUUUUUUAAAUCGCAUAAUGAAUAUAUAUAAAAAAGCUCCUCGUAAAAACUAUAAAAAUAUUCAAACAUAAAAUUUUGUAACUUUAAAAUGAAACUUUACCAGCAGCAAUUUUUUUAUUUUAAUGAUGGUUGGGUUACCUUUAAAUUCGAGGAGAGAUUUACAUGGUGUAUGAUUACUUCAGACAAAAAUGGCUCUAUAACUUGGAUUCAUCAAACAAAAUAGGUAAUUAUCACAGGCAGUCAUAAUCCGAUUUCAACAUCAUAUCAAUUUUGUUCUUUAAUAUUAUUUUUUGAACAUGGCAUUCAAGUCUAUCAUUCUGUAUGAAGUAAGAUUUCUGGGUUACAUUUGUUUCAAAUUAUACUUAAGCAUGCAUAUCAUUAUAUAAUUAUUCUAUCAAUUUUCUUUUGUUUAAAAAAUAUAUUUAAGCAGACUUAUAGUUAUUUUAGUUCAAUUAAAGAUUUUUUUUUAUGAGAAUUUAACUUUGUACAUGAUUAUUAUUUUUUUUUUUACUGAUACUCAAAAUGAAUCUCCAAUAGACAAAAGUCGAUUUUGUUGUUUUUUCUUCAUUAUAUUUGAGGGUUUUUUUUUUUGUUUUUUUUUAUACAAAGCAUGUAAUUUUCCAAUACUCACAAUUUUAAUCAAUGCAGAAUUUUGCUAAUCUUUGUUUGAUCUGAAUUACCAGAAAAAAUAUGUUGUAUAUUUUAGUUUUAAGAUGAAAUGUUUUACAACCUUCAUGAAAGAAUUUAUUGUAUUACAACAUCAUAUUAAUAAACCUCAUUGUCACCAUAUUAUGCAAUAAUGUGGUCUUAUACUGUUGGUGGAAACCUGAGAAAAUUGAGGAAUGAAACUUUCUGGCUAGGUUAUCAACUAUUCAAAUAAUUUUUCAGGACAGGAAUAGAGCCAGACUCUGAAUUAAAUAACGUCUUGAGUCCGAGUUUGACACUUGGGUCUCAAAGCUGUAAAUCUUUAUGUUACUGUACAAUUGUUAUAGGACCACAUAUCUUGCAAAUACCAUGUUUUACAAUUAUGUACACAUUUUCUAUAAAAUGUUUUCCUGUAUUAAAGAUGACUUAUGACAUUGAAAAACUCCCUUUUAUAAGUCGGACUUAAAUCAGUAGUGAAAACGGCCCAGUGAUAUUUUUUGGAAUUAUUUUUACCGCCUGAGCCUUGCAAAUUGGGAAAAAAAGUUGACAUUGGGAAAAAUACAAAAUCAGGCCAAAAUAGCUAAUAUAAUGGUAAAUAUACAUGUUCGAAUUUUUUUAUGCAUACAUUAUGCUGUGAAAGAGUAGGUAUUGUCAAGAUUUAGUUAAUAAUUAAAAAAAAUAAUUAAAAAGGCAGUAAAUUGCACCAAAAAAAAUCACUGCGGCCCCUUGUACAUGUGAUAAGAACCACUGUGCUGACUAGAGGGGAUUUUAUUAUGGCGUUUGAUUUGAAGUUCUUGUUAACUAUGCGUAGUUUUGUUUCAAACUUUUUAAAGCAUCAUAAAGUACUAUGUGUUAGCCUCAUUGAGCACAUUUUGUAGUUUAAUGAUAUGAUUUUAUGGAUGUAAGUGCUUGUUUUGUCUUGGCCUGUUAUACAUAUAAAUGUUUAUGUGUUUAAAUCAUUGUUACCGCGUGAAGUCAGCUUGAAUUAAUAAAAUUAUAUAAGAUA